UCAACCCAAAAAAAAGACAGGGGCCCACAGCGGCAAAACCUCGUCCGUCCACCAUUGUUGGAUUCUCCUAAAAUCCAAAUCCAAAUCCAAUCGAAUAAAAAAAAUUUAAAUUGUAAAUUGUAAACAAAGAGAAAAAAAAAAGAAGAAAAGAAAAAUACUUCUCCUCUCACUUCACUCCACCAGGCAAAGACAGGCACGAGCCCUUUCCUUCCUCCCCUCCCUUUAUUCUCAUUCUCAUUCCCUACCCAAAACAAAAAAAGGGAAAAAGAAAAAAAGAAAAUUUUAUAUCAGAGCCAGUUGAGCCAGUGACUCACAGCCUCAGAGACAGAGACAGAGAGGACAGAGAGAGAAGAUAGAGAUGGUGGGGAUAAUACCCAUGGCGUCCUCAAUCAGACCCUCGCUAUCUACGUUGAGGUUCGCUGGGGCUUCUCGCUUGGGCCUUUCUCUCGCUUCCUUCACUCCUCGGAGACUCGCUUGCUUUCACCUCGCUAGUGCUGUGCCACAGUCACAGUCUUUCGGUCUGAAAGCUUCUAAACUGUUGAGAGGAGAUGGUAAAACCAUAGGAGUGGCUGCUGGUGGGAAUGCCGCGCAAGCAAGCACAACGGCUACCCCGGAAAAUGUCCUAGAGUGGGUCAAACAGGACAAGAGGAGGCUGCUCCAUGUUGUUUACCGCGUUGGGGAUUUGGACAGAACCAUAAAAUUCUACACAGAGUGCCUGGGAAUGAAAUUGUUGCGGAAACGUGACAUACCAGAGGAAAGAUACACCAAUGCUUUUCUCGGAUACGGGCCAGAGGAUUCCCACUUUGUUAUUGAACUCACUUACAAUUAUGGAGUUGACAAGUAUGAUAUUGGAACUGCAUUUGGUCAUUUUGGUAUUGCUGUUGACGAUGUUGCCAAGACUGUGGAACUCGUAAAAGCUAAGGGUGGCAAGGUAACACGAGAACCUGGUCCAGUCAAAGGUGGCAAUACGGUAAUCGCGUUUGUUGAAGAUCCCGAUGGUUAUAAGUUUGAACUUUUGGAAAGAGGGCCUACCCCUGAGCCCUUAUGUCAAGUUAUGCUUCGUGUGGGUGAUCUUGAUCGUUCCAUAACUUUUUACGAGAAGGCUUUUGGCAUGGAGCUUCUUCGCAAAAGAGAUAAUCCUGAGUACAAGUAUACUAUAGCAAUGCUGGGUUAUGGCCCUGAAGACAAAAAUGCUGUUCUGGAGUUGACAUACAAUUAUGGGGUCACCGAAUACAACAAAGGAAAUGCUUAUGCUCAGAUAGCUGUAGGCACAGAUGACGUCUAUAAAACUGCUGAAGCAAUUAAACUCUGCGGGGGCAAGAUUACCCGGGAACCUGGGCCCUUACCUGGUAUCAACACAAAGAUCACUGCUUGCUUAGACCCUGACGGAUGGAAGUCGGUACUUAAAGUGCAUAUAAAGUAAACCAAAAAAAAAAGCUGCAAGGCUUAUGGGAUUUAUGCGGAGAACCUGUUUUUGUGGACAAUGUUGAUUUCCUCAAGGAAUUGGAGUGAGUUAUAAGAGGUGCUUACGAUACCGAGCUUGUGAUAUUGAAAGUGAAAUUUCGGGCCAAGAUGAUCGAUUCUAAGAAGCUGUUCUCUUGAAAGAAUGUAUUACAUCCCAUUUUGUAGAUAAAAUUAUAAUUAGCUUCGAAUAACCAUUGUAACAAGUAUUUAAUAUUUAUCACACGUUUAGCUUUGCAGUCAUUAUCAAAAGAAAAAGGAAAACAAUAGAACGAUGUUUAGCUUUGAAUCUUUAUUCUUAAUUAGUUUGACUUUAUAUAUUUAAUUAUUGUUUGGGUCA